AAAGAAGACAAAUGCUGUGUUUUACAACGUGACUGACUGACAGCCAAAGGAAAGGGAACACCUUAUCUUACCUCUGAUAUAUGCAAAUUUUUCAAGGCUCAGCAUGCCUUCGUCAGGAGGAAGAAAAGAAGGGAAGAAACUAUUUUCCAGGAGGGAGGUGCUAUGAAAUCAGAACCGUGUCAAAGUUACUGUACUUCGAAACAUUAACAGGAGUUAUAAGUGACUUCUGAUCACAAAUGGAACACGGGGAGAAAGCGACAAACAGUGAAGUCAGUUGAUGAAUUUCAUCCUGAGGCUGUGUAGCACAUCGUCUAUGCUGCUGAAAAGAGGCCAGAUGCUCCAGGAUGGACCAGGCAAUUCUCAGCCAGAGCUCAGCUUCGGACCUGCUUGAACCAGACAGUGAGGAGUUCCUGCUCAGAGUGGACUUCUUCAGGAAACUGGGUUACUCCUCAGCGGAGGUGAAGGCUGCUCUGAGGAAGCUGGGCCUAAACACAGACACUAACGCAGUGCUGGGAGAGCUGGUCCGGAGCAGGACCGGCACUGCACCCUGCAUGUCCAGUUCUGACAGUGAUGAGAGUACAGGCCAAAAGGACCCUCUUCUGCCUCCCAGUUGGGCACUUGGACCCUGCAGAAUGAAACCACAACAGACUACAGACACAGAAUUGAAGCCUGUUAUUAUCGAUGGCAGCAAUGUUGCCAUGAGUCAUGGCAACAAAGAAGUGUUCUCAUGCCGAGGCAUCCAGCUGGCAGUGAAGUUCUUCCUGGACAGAGGUCAUAAUACUAUUACUGUGUUUGUUCCCACUUGGCGCAAAGAACAACCCAGACCUGAUGCCCCCAUAACAGAUCAGCACAUCCUGAUAGAGCUUGAAAAACGGAAUAUAGUGGUCUUCACUCCAUCGCGCCGUGUUGGGGGUAAGCGAGUGGUUUGCUAUGAUGACCGCUUUAUCGUCAAGUGUGCAUAUGAGUCAGAUGGAGUGAUCGUAUCCAAUGACACCUACCGUGACCUCCAAGGAGAAAGACCUGAGUGGAAGAAAUGCAUCGAGGAGAGGCUCCUCAUGUACUCCUUUGUGAAUGACAAGUUCAUGCCCCCAGAUGACCCUCUGGGUCGCCGUGGCCCCAGUCUUGACAACUUCCUUAGGAAAAAGCCUCUGCCUACAGAGCAAAAAAGACAGCUUUGUCCAUAUGACAAAAAGUGCACUUACGGCAUUAAAUGUAAGUUCUACCAUCCAGAGCGGGCAAACCAUUCCUACCUGUCCUUGGCUGAUGAAUUGCGAGAGAAAGCCCAGAUUUCCACUGUAAAAGAAGAGAGAAAUGCCAGAUUAUCACCCAGACAGCUUCAAUCUGAUCCUGGGCAUGCUCAUAAUGCCUGUUUCCAUCCUCAUGACUCUAACACAGAGUACAUAAAAGACCAGCAAAGUUCUUCACAUCCCGGUCAGGUUAGUGAAAAUACACUGCUGUACUGGGAGGAUCCUAGAAAAGGUCAGAAUCAUAUGCCCUGUUCUGUAACAGGAAGCCAGUGUCAGAAAGAGUGGCCUGGGCUGCACUCAGUGCCCAAUCAUUACUAUGCCAACAUCUCUCAUGAGUACCUGGAUUCUGGCUUUGUCUCUCAUGAGAGCCAGUACUCUGACUUUUCGCAUUGCCCCAGCAACUCCCACAGGCUUAGGCCCGAGCAGCAAAGUGCUCUCGCUGGACCCAGACAUACCUCAGUGCAUUUAGAAAAAAAUAACACCAGCCAGUCCUGCAGGUGCUGUUCCCAUGUAGUGCCCUCAACAGCUCAUCAGCAACAACAUGGAAACCUGGACUCCAAGGGUCAACCCAAACACAACACCUACCCUUCUCACUUGUUCCCAUCUGGUGUGCCACAUCAACACAGCCUCCCCAGCCAUCUCUAUUACACCAGAGCCCCAUAUCAUCAGCAAAAUUACCUGUCAGAUCCCUUUCUGGCGCUGUCCCAAGCCAGGACAUCAUGUAGUCUCCCCUCUUCGGUCCAUUCCUCACACUCCCACAACUCUUGCUGCUCUUACAAAGAUCAUCAGUACCAUUCCUGGGGCCAACAACAGUUAUCCACUGCUGCAUUUGCUCCACAAAGGUUGGAACUCCGCAAAAAACUGCAAGCCAUCUUCAACCCACAUCAGGUGGACACAGUCAUGGAAAUGUUUCCACAUCUGAUGGAUGCUGAGAAACUGGCUGCAGAGAUCCUCAACCUGAAGGCACAGAGAGGGAUAUUCUGAUGAUUUCUCUGAUGACUUUCUUGCCUUGCGUCUUCUUCAGGCAGAACUAACUAACUACAUGUGUUGACACUCUGGCAUAGCAAACAGAGAAUCUCUUGAGAAGCUUUUAUAGUGUCUAUAGUUGAGUGAUUUGAAAGCUACUUGCAAAGAUGUUUUGUUGUGUGUAAUGUGCCAUUAUAGAAGUGCAAUUUGCCUUCCUAUUUAUGAAUUGUUCAGAUAAUCUGUUCUGUGUUAUAUGCAUUUGUAUGACAUUGUAGUUAAAUGUGACUUUGUCAUCCAUGUUUUGGAUGAAAAGUGCCUCUAGACCAAAAAUAGUUAUGACUGAGAGAGUUUUGACUGUUGAUGCAUAUUGUGUCAAAUGUGAUGUAUUUUAAUCUCUGUCCAAAAAGAAGUCAUGCAAUAAGGAAUAGCUGUAUAAAGUAUUACUUUUUCUUUUACUUUCACUGCAGUUCUCCAGAACAGCUUGCUGUUCAAUAUUAUCUCUGAAGUGUAGCUACAGUAUAUUUCAACACACAGGAAUUAUAGUAAAUCCUGAUCUUACUAGGAAACUGAGAAAAAUACUUUGACACUAGUGAAAGGAAUUUGCUGGUGUGUCAUCACCCUUUUCCUGUAAAUCAGCAUCAGUUUCAUGAAACAUUCUCAGAACAAGUGUUGCUGUAACACUACACUUUUCAAUUGAAAAAUGGCAAUGAAAAUGUGGAAUUUAGUUCUCAUGAACAUGCAGAUUUAUGUGAGUCAUAGUAAGCAUAUCAUGUCACUAUCAUAUCACUAAAGAUAGAAAUAAUGCCAUGUUAGAUAUUAUGUGUGUCAGUUGGACUUGUAAGGUUAGUGCUGUACCAGGCUUUCUUGCGCUUAACUAAUGCAUCUGUAAAUAUGCCUCCAAAGUUUAUCAGGAACUGAGGAACCUGUCUACUACAAGAGCCCAAACAAAUUUACAAACUAAGAAAUGUUCUACUCUGCAGCUCAUGUUGCAAACUUGAACAAAUCAGAAACUCAUUUUGUUUUCCAGCAUCUGAGAGGAAAGGUCAGCCUGUGUUUGUUUGUUGUUGUGUGACACACUGAUGUCAAUUAAACAAAGUGUCUGGCUAUUCUGAUGUU